CAUCGUCGGCAAAAAAUGGAAGCCAAAGACACCUUACAAACCGGGUCCGCCUGGCCAAACCAUGCGUGAGCAAGCGUCCCAUCCCUUCGCGACGUGUUUCGCUCAAGCACUUUCUCUUUGGCCUGACCCCCCUCCUUUGCCAUCGUUCGUGCUAACGCAUCCACCAUAGUCGCCGAACCUCCUGCAGGCCUCGAAGGUUGGCAAUUGCUGAACAGGUGGUACCAGAUGUGCCACAGAGCAGAGGGAGUUGGUGAUCUCAAUCUUGCCAACCUGCAUUGUUGGUGCGUGGACAAGUGAUUAUGGAUCGACUUGUCUCCGCGCGCCAUGAUGACUCGAUAGGGGCGCAAGGCAUCCUCCGACUCCAGUCGCGUUGCUUCGACAACACAUCGCCUUCUGACUCUGACCCUUUUUUUUCAUUUACAUUCAUUUCCUCCACCCUUUACUCUCCUUUCCUCCUCCUCGUCGAUGGUGACUUACGCAACGCAAGCCGGGGCGUCAAUCUGAUCGUAGCGCACAAGGUAUCCGAUCAGCGCAUCUGGCGCUUCAAAUGGAUCAACGAGUACCAGCAGCCGCAACAACCCCCUCACCCUCCCCCCCACUCGUGACUCAUCAUGUUUCCCCCCGUCAAGACUAGCUAGCAAACGAAGCGAGGCUUCCAAGACAAAUGACAUACCGUGACAUACCGUGACAGUGCUGCAAGCCAAAGACUUUUUUUUUUGGAGGGGGGGGGGCAGUGUUUGCGAGGUAAUAAAGCGUGACCUCAUGUGGCGACCACACAGUGGACGCUGCAAACGAGUUGCCAUUUCCUGCUAGAAUGGCGCGCGCGACGUAUGCACGAACGGUAUUUCGCGCCCCCCUCCCCCCUUCAGCCAGUCUGAUCGAUUUGGUAGAGUGUCACUCUCUAGUGCUGUCUAUUGCACACGCCACAGCGGGCCGUAGAGUGAGCGCCUCGUCCCCGCUUCCUCAUCUUGAUCUUCUUGCCCCCACUCACCACACCACACCACACCUUCUCAUUCCGUCCCAAUUCCU